AUGCUGUUGAAUCGAUCACUGCCUGCGAGGGGAUCCUAUCUAAAACUUCGCAGAUACAUCCUGCUCCUACUGAUUGUGCUUACAUUUCUCUGGUUUCAGUCAUUCAUAUCGUCGAAUAAAUGUCCGACGUCGCAGGCUGACAACGAACCGGAAUUCCUAUGGCACUCCUCGUAUCGCGAUAAGCCGGACGCCGACUACGAGACUCGAGUGAGGGAUGCCUUGAAGUAUAUUGAGCAGGCGGCUGUGGAACACGGAGAUAAUGAGGCCGCGAACAAAAUAUGGCAGAUCUUACUGGGCACGGGUGAGAACACAGACAACCGUGGCCCGCAUUCGCAUGAUUUUCAGGAGAAAAAUGCAGACUGGGACUUCCAAGUCGUAUCAAGCAAAUGGGCGAACUCGUUCAUCGAAAACUUAAACGCCGUCCCGGAUCUAGAAUACUGGUGGAAGUUGUACCCGGACGAAGUCCUACGCGCCGACCUGCUCCGGUAUCUAGUGCUGUGGUAUCAUGGCGGCUACUACGCAGACCUAGAUAUCAUGCCAGCACUCCCCAUCCGAGACUGCCCGUCGCUGCAAAGCCCGACGGUCCAUCGAGACCCCAAAUCCCGGAUCUCGCUGAUCGUAGGCAUUGAAUCGGACGAGCCAUUCGCUACGCCUGAGAUGGGGAAACAAUGGCAGGGGGCUCGGAAGUACGGGUUCAUCCAGUACACGAUAUAUGCCCCGCGGCGGUUUAGUCCGGUGCUGCGCGAAGUGAUCGUGCGGGUGCUAUCGCAUACGAAACAACAUUUCGACAGGCAGAAGUGGCUUUUUGGAGAGUUUUACGAUCAUUACGACGAGAGGACGACGCACGAGGUCACGGGUCCCGGCGUGUUCACCGAUACAAUUCUGGAUAUGCUCUCGGAAACUCUCCUAGCAAGUCAUCCACUAGUUGUCCAGUCUGUGGAAGCAGAGAGCAAGUACACCAACAGUCCCCAGAAUAGGGUGACUUGGGCACCAUUCCACCGAAUCCAGGAGCCGGUCUGCGUCGAUGCCUCCGAAUCAGCUCCUGGCAAGCAGAUGGGCGGGCUGUGUGUGCUUCCCGUUAGCGCGUGGGGAAAUGGCCAGCGGCACAGUGGCUCGGUUCCUUUCAAUAGCCCGAACGCGUGUAUCAACCACCUUUUUAGUGGCAGUUGGAAAAAAAGCUGGUUUGCGCGUCUGGUGGGCUGA